AUGCUUGAAAUAAAAUUGACUUUACAUCAAGUCUGUAUUAAUUUGUAUUUUACUUGUAUUUCUUCCCAAACUAAUUUUGUGUUCCUCUUUCAUCUUACAGCAAUUGGAAGACUGUGUGAAAAAUGUGAUGGCAAAUGUGUGAUCUGUGAUUCGUAUGUGCGGCCCUGCACUCUUGUGCGCAUAUGUGAUGAGUGUAACUAUGGUUCGUAUCAAGGACGCUGUGUGAUCUGUGGAGGUCCAGGAGUAUCCGAUGCCUACUACUGCAAGGAAUGCACCAUCCAGGAAAAAGAUCGAGAUGGUUGUCCUAAGAUUGUCAACCUGGGCAGUUCCAAGACAGAUCUCUUCUAUGAAAGGAAGAAGUAUGGCUUCAAGAAGAGGUGAUCCUACCUGUAUGGGGCUGCACCUGCUGUCGGGUUGGCGAGAGGGUCCUGGAACAUCUCUGGACUUGCUGUUAUUGAAAACCAGUUGAUUAUUUUUCUAAAACAAUACAAAUUCAGUAGUAUUCUUGGGGGUUGGAGAAGUAACAGACUGAGUGGGCACUGGAACCUGAUUAGAGCUGAGUAUCAGAAAGAACAAAUGAGGGUUACUGUCUUUUAGCUUUUCAGAAGUUUUGCUAGUACCUGCUCCAGCCCACUGUAAAAAUCCUGGUGAGCAAGUGGAGGAGACCAGCUCAGUAAAAACCAAGAGCCCUUUCCGAUGUGGGGAACACCUUGCAUCUGCUCUUACCAGCCC